UUAAACUGGACAUGUAUAUACGUGCUGUGGCCCUGACUGGGUGACGUUGUAAAUGGUCCAGGUCGGACCGAAAUGUCGUCAUAAGCUCCUCCGGAUGCAACACCCCAGCAAUUCCAGGAACAGCUGUUAAAAAUUGACCACUGUCUGGAAAAUCCGCCAGCUCCUGCACCCAACAUCUUGCUCCUGGGGGAUUUCAACUUAAGGUAGAAAUGGUGGGAGUGAGUGUUGUGCAAGUGGGCAGCGCUGUGCGACACAUCCCUCUGCCCCCACUCACCCACGAGACUGAGUCUGCCUUGAACUCUGAGGAUCCAACCAAAGAUUUGGGGAACAAUGGUUUUCCUGUGCUUGGUGGAUUUGUAGGUGGGGGCCAGCUUGCAUGGAGAGCUGUUGGACCAACAGUAGAAAUUAUUGAACCAAGCACAGGCACACGAAAAGCAGCAUGGACAUUCGGGGCAAUACUGCACAAUACUGGAACUCGGGUAACCAGUGUGUGUGGAGUUGGCCCAGGGGCAGUGUCUCAAGUGGUGGUUGGUGUAGAUCAUGGUGCUGAUCGUAAACCUCAGGGAAUGGUGGCACUAUUAUCUCUAUAUUCUUCAAGGCUUACACGGGUUUUUCAUUUCACUCAUAAGGUAACAAGUUUAUGCAUGGUGUCAAAUGGAGAAGUAAGUGUGGAUUCUGGCACUCUGGCACCAGAAUUACGUCCCUGGCAUGGACUUUUAGUGGUUGGAACAGCACACGGCACAUUGCAUCUUCUUGACCUCGCUCUGGACCUGGGAGGCUAGUUUUGUUAAAGUUUCAUGUAGCUAUAAU